ACUGACGUCAUCAAGGUGCGUGGCAAACUUAAAGACAAGCUGUACUUGAUGCGGUUGUGUGCCGAAUAUAAUCACACAAUUAAAUGAUCAGUAUACAGAACCUGAACCCAGUGAAUAAACGUGUUCAGCCUGGAAUUUAGUUCCGUUUACUGGGCCGGGUUAGUCUACCUUCUUAAAUGAUCACGUCUUCUGCAAGACAACUUCUGAAUGUUUCUAUUAUAUUUUGCUAACCUGUCAUCGCCAGUAUGAACUCCGGACAGUCUCAUGUUAUGCCACGGGAGCUUCCUGCUGCCUGGGAUACCGUUACUGCGGCCUUGGUGUCGCCGCUGUCCCCCAACUCCACGACAGAGGAGGCUGUCGCAGAGGCGCUGGCCAUGCUUGGCUGCUAUCGCCUGGCUCAGUGUGUGGAGGGUUGGCUCCUGGAGACCAUGCAGGUGCGCCUGACCUCUGCUGUCGCGCCCGAGUUUUGGGCGGGACUGGAGCAGCCAGAGAAUGAGAUGGAGGAGAGGGACCGUGCCAGGGUGUUGCUUGGGGCCUUCAGAACACUUCUUGCCCGACUAGAGCCAUUUCUAGGAGGCUUGGAGCGGCUGGGCGCCUGGCAAGAGGAGGGCCGGGCUGGCCUCUGUGGCCCCGGGGCCCAUGGACUCCGCGAGAGGGCCCUUUCCGUCAUCCGUGCCAUCCUCCUCUUCUCCCCCUCGGCACUGCUCCAGGACCGGGUGCUGGAGUUCUAUAGCCGGACCUUCUCUGUGCACAUGAGCCAGGAGGGCGAGGGGGAGGGAGACGGGGAAGAGGGGGCCCUGGCCACGGAGCGGGGGCUUUGCCCAGGGUGUGCAGUGCCGCCAUCGCAGUGCUGGUGCCAGGAGGCACUGGAGCAGCUGGGGGAGCUCAGCCACAUCCUGUCCAGACUGCAGCUGCUGGAGAGGGUGAGCUCAGAGGCAGUCACCGCCAUACUACACCGGCUCAUCGAGCAGAGGAUGGAGCGACGCUGCCGGGGAGAGUACGAGAGCUCCUUCCUCUCGGACUUCCAGGAGUGGCUGGAGCGGGUUCUGGGCUGGCUGAGCAGGGUCUUUGUGAGUGAGGCGGGGGGCUCAGACACCCCGGCUGGGGGGGCAGCGUCCCAGCCCGGCAACGCCGUGCUGCAGCGCUGGAGGUGCCACAUGCACCAGUUCUUCUGCAGGAUCUAUGUCAACAUGCGGAUCGAGGAGCUCUUCAGCAUCAUCCGUGAUUUUCCUGAGUCUAAACCCGCCAUUGAGGAUCUCAAGUUCUGUCUGGACCGGACCAAUCAGAGGCAGCAGCUCCUGACCUCGCUGAAGUCGGCAUUCGAGACCCGUCUGCUUCACCCAGGGGUGCACACCUCUGACAUCAUCACUGUGUACAUCUCGGCCAUCAAAGCACUGCGGGAGCUGGACCCUUCCAUGGUCAUCCUGCAGGUGGCCUGCCAGCCCAUCCGCAAGUACCUCAGGACGCGGGAGGACACGGUGCGGCAGAUCGUGGGCAGCCUCACGGGCGACGCCGAGGGCUGCAGCGACCUGGCCAACGAGUUGUCCCGCGCAGACCCCGUCACGCUGGAGACUCAGGACAGCGAGGACGAGGGCAGCGACCCCGAAGAGUGGACGCCCGACCCCACUGACGCCCUCACGGACAAGACUGGCUCUAAGCGUCGCUCCUCUGACAUCAUCAGCCUGCUCGUCAGCAUAUAUGGCAGCAAAGAGAUCUUCAUCGACGAAUAUCGCACUGUCCUGGCAGACCGGCUGCUGCACCAGCUCAACUACAACACGGCCAGGGAGAUCCGUAACGUAGAGCUGCUGAAGCUGAGGUUCGGCGAGUCCCACAUGCACUACUGCGAGGUCAUGCUGAAGGAUGUGGCAGACUCCAGGCGGAUAAACGCCAACAUCCGCGAGGAGGAGUCCCGCCUGCCCGAGGAGGAGCAGCCUGCCGUGCCGCUGUCCGCCAUGAUCCUCUCGUCUGAGUUCUGGCCCCAGCUGAAGGAGGAGAAGAUGGAGCUGCCCCCCCUGGUGUCCCAGGCUAUGGAGGCCUACACGCACCGCUACGAGAAACUGAAGGCCAUGCGUACCCUGAGCUGGAAGCCUCACCUGGGCUCGGUGACGCUGGACGUGGAGCUGGGAGACCGAACCCUGACCAACCUGUCCGUGUCGCCCAUCCAUGCUGCUAUCAUCCUGCACUUCCAGGACAAGAGCUGCUGGUCUCUGGAGGAGCUGAGUGGGGCACUUGGCGUGCCCCAGGAGAUGGUGCGGAGGAAGCUGGCCCUGUGGCAGCAGCAUGGGGUGCUGCGGGAGGAGUCCGGGGGGCGCUACUCCGUGCUGGAGGUGGGGGCGUCUCGCGAGCGGCCUGAGAAGAGCGUGCUGCUGAUCGACAGCGAUGAAGAAGGCGACUCCAACACCACCACGCAGUCAGAGCAGAGGGAGGAGAAGCUGCAGCUCUUCUGGGCCUACAUCCAAGCCAUGCUCACCAACCUGGAGACCAUGACCUUGGAGCGCAUCCACUCCAUGCUGCGCAUGUUCGUAGCCACCGGGCCGGUGGUGACCGAGAUGGACGUCAACGAGCUGCAGGCCUUCCUGCAGAGAAAAGUGCGGGACCACCAGCUCAUCGUGUCGGCGGGGGUCUACAGACUGCCAAAAUCCUCCCACUGAGGGGCGAGAAGGGCCUGUGGGGAAUUGAGGAGUUUUGUUGGGCUAGUGGUGCGAGGAGGGGGGGGGGGACUGAAGUCUGGAGGCAGGUGAUAUUCAAAUAAAAGUUAAUGGGACAGAACAUGAAUGGAUGGAGUGACUAUUGGUUAAUACAGUCUCCAUGAACGGUCUAGCAAAUUCCAGUCCUCCACUUUCCCAUUUUCAUGCCUGAUAUAUCAUUGAUUUUCCUCUUAUUUAGACAAGAAACCUCCAACAGGGGAAAGAAUAACUCUGGGAGUGGUGUUCUCCCUCAAAGCUAUUUUUUAUAGGCUCCGAAACUGUUUACAUUUGACUAAUCUGGCUGUAAACUCAAAUUAAUUUACUGGUCCUGCAUCCCCAUAUUUUUAUGGACUGUUUAAGACUCCAGUGUAAAUAAUUAUUUGCAUUUUGUGUACAGUGCUGAGUGGGGCAAUAAAAUGAUUUAUAAACGUUU